AUGAACACGUCCUGCUGCCCAGGCCCCGCUCAGCCCACACCACCUGGCGCCUCCGCACCCCCCACGGCUGCAGCCAACCAGAGCGCAGGCGCCUUCUGCGAGCAAGUCUUCAUCCAUCCCGAGGUCUUCCUGGCGCUGGGAGUGGCCAGCCUGCUGGAGAACAUCCUGGUCAUCCUGGCCGUGGCGCGCAACGACAACCUGCACUCGCCCAUGUACCUCUUCCUCUGCAGCCUGGCCGUGGCCGACAUGCUGGUGAGCGUGUCCAACGCGCUGGAGACCAUCAUGAUUGCCGUGGUCAGUGGCGACCACCUGGCCUUCGAGGACCGCGUGCUCCAGCACAUGGACAACAUCUUCGACUCCAUGAUCUGCAUCUCCCUGGUGGCCUCCAUCUGCAACCUGCUGGCCAUCGCCGUGGACAGGUACGUCACCAUCUUCUACGCGCUGCGUUACCACAGUAUCAUGACGGUGAGGAAAGCCCAGGGCCUGAUCGCCGCCAUCUGGCUGGGCUGCGGCGUGUGCGGAGUGGUCUUCAUCGUCUACUCGGACAGCAAGAUGGUCAUCGUGUGCCUCGUGACCAUGUUCUUCGCCAUGCUGCUGCUUAUGGCCACGCUGUACGUGCGCAUGUUCCUCUUCGCGCGCCUGCACGUCAAGCGCAUCGCCGCCCUGCCGCCCGCAGAGGGGGCGCCCCCGCCCCAGCACUCCUGCAUGAAGGGCGCCGUCACCAUCACCAUCCUGCUCGGGGUCUUUAUCUUCUGCUGGGCCCCCUUCUUCCUCCACCUGAUCCUCAUCAUCACCUGCCCCACCAACCCCUACUGCGCGUGCUACACGGCCCACUUCAACACCUACCUGGUCCUCAUCCUGUGCAACUCGGUCAUCGACCCCCUCAUCUACGCCUUCCGGAGCCUGGAGCUGAGAGACACCUUCAAGGAGAUUCUCUGCGGCUGCGGGGGCACGGGCUAG